AUGAUCAAUGCAAAAUAUAUGAAAAAAGGCCUUUGGGAGAAGUUGGAGGUUAAAAACAAUAGCUCUUGGCUAUGGCGAAGUUGGGUGGUAGUCGAAGAAGUGUUUAAAGCUGGACUGAGGAAGAAAAUUGGGGAUGGUAGGAGUACAAGAAUCUGGAAUGAACCCUGGCUUUUAUUUCCUUCACAGUCAAGGUUAACUGGAAAUUAUUUUGAACAUCAUAAUAUUGAAUGGGUUUACCAACUGUUUGAUGAGAGCGGGACAAGAUGGAAUGCCAACCUAAUCAGGAAUAUUUUUGUUGAACAAGAUGCCACGGCUAUCCUUAGUAUCCCUCUUCAGAAUUUGCAUCAACCUGAUAAGUUGAUUUGGCAUCUCAAUCCAAAAGGCGAAUUUACAGUGAAGUCGGCAUACAAAAAAUCAUUAAGGUUGGUCCUACUUUCCCUUAAUCGUCCUAAAAGUAGCUCAUGUAAUAUUCAGUUGAAAAGAAUGUGGCAAGUGACCUGGUCUCUCAAAAUAAAGCACAAGCUUAAAUAUUUCAUGUGGAGAGUCUUACACAAUGCUAUGCCAACAGCCAGAAACCUCUGGUUGCGGAAAUCUCAACCACAUCAUAAUUGUGGCUUGUUUUGGGAAGCUUCUGAAUCAAUGGAACAUAUUCUCUAUUCCUGUGAGCGAGCAUCAUUGGUCUGGAAGUUAGCUCCGGUAAGUUGGGAUGGUUGCAGUUCUGCUGAAUCUGACUUCAAGGGCUGGUGGUGUAGGAUUUGCGAAGGUCGAACCACCGCAAUUUACAUUAAACGUCAACAAUUGACUGUGUAUUUGUUGUGGUGGCUCUGGAAAGGGCGGAACUUAUGGAUCUUUGAACGAAGGUGGCUCUCAGCUAAGGAGAUUGUGGAUGGUGCAGUUCAAGAGUGGUCGGAAUUUUUUGAUGUAUCUUAG